GUGUUAAUGCGAGUUUAUUUAUAGGAUUCCAUGUGUGUGUAAAAUGAAAAUGGAUGGCCGAUAGAUUCCCGUUUGGCACGUGAAUAGAUAUUUUUAUUUAAUUAUUUGUAAUUAUCAUUUGUCCGUCAAACUGGGUGCCAAAACAGUAGAGCGGUUCCUCAGCCUAGCAGACGACAACUUUGUCGAAGAUGUCAACGAAGACCUGAAAUGUUUCCUUGCCGAAGGAAGAGUUGACAGUGAUAUCUGAAAGAUUCUUACUCGUGCUAGUGUUCCCUCCAGUGAGCAACUACCGUCGCUUCCUCAUCCACAACUCUGUGGAACAGCUGGGCAGAGCUGACCUUGCCACCUUCUCUAUAGGAGUUAGUGACGAGCGUCGCACUGUGGUCUGCUACAAGGAGAGAUUGCUGAGUGAUGAAGCUUGCGCGCGACCAGCCAUGGGCCUGACACAGACUGAACGUGACGAUGCCACCAUUUCACAAGCAGCAGCGGUGGGAGGUUGCAAGCCGGCGCAAGCGACGCGGCGCGCACAGCCUCAGGAAAAGAUCAGAACUGGCUCAACGAAACCUCGUCGCCCUGAUCGCGCCGUGUAUGUGCCGCGUGCAUUACGCACCGCGGAUAACGCUCAGCCUGAGGAACACAAGGAGACCAACAACCACCGCAGAACUAGUCACAGCGCGGAAGGAACCAAGUGCCCUAAGUCUCCCGCGCCCAAAGACAAAUCACAACACGGCACCCCUAGGAAAUCCAUAGACAAGACCUACUGCAAUGUGUACACACCACCACAUCUCAGGAAUCAAAGAUCUCAAACGGCCCCAAGCAUAGACGAACCUACAUCGAGCGAUACAAAGGAAUCCGUGCCUUCAGGCUUCCAAGUGCCAAAUAGUGAUAGUGCAAUAUCUUUUAGUGAUAAUAGGUUUAACGACAUAGAAGUAGGCGAGAAUUUUUAUAUAGGAGAUUAUUUCGCUAACGGACAGUUAGGGUUCUACAGCCCGAACUACUAUAGUGAAUACGCCGAUAACAGUCGCGAGAACGCGGCCGAUAGCAGCGACUAUAGAUCAAAUGAUUCCGACGAAAAUAUGGCGGUGAACGAAUCGAAUCAAAGCAAUAAUAUAAUCGAUAACGAUUACCCCUACGCUAAGGACGAAGAUGUGGAGAAGAAUGAGUUGAAGCGAGCGUCCCAAGAAAUUAAUAGGAGUAGCAAGAGAAUUAUAAAACAGAGCUUCCAUUCUGACGUGUUGGUUAUAUCGGAUGCAGUUGAGAGUGAGCCGGAGAAAAAUGAGCCUGAACCAGUUGUAGAAGAGAAAGUAAAAGAGCCUGAAUUGAAGAAGUCUAAACCUAAAUUAGAAGCUAAAGUAUCUUUGAAGCGGGAAGAGAACGAUUGGGACGCAGUUUUUGAUGACAGUGGGGAAUGUCUGGAUCCUUCGCUUCUUGAAGAGUUGACAACUACAGUUGGGAAAGUUCACAUAACUAAACCUAAGAACAGUUAUGAUCAGUACCAAACGCGAGGUCAGCAGCUCUUCAAUGGACCUUACGACGAAACGUUCGGUCAUGUGGUAGAAGUGUAUGACUUUCCUAGUGAAUUCAAAACGAACGAUUUGUUCUCAUUGUUUAGUGAAUAUAAAGACACGGGUUUUGAAAUUAAGUGGGUGGACGAUACGCAUGCGUUGAUCGUGUUCAGCAGCGCUAAAAUUGCUAACGAAGUGCUAUCGGCGCAGCGUCCCCUCGUGCGAUGCCGGCCACUCCACGCCGCCACUCUCGAGUCCAGGAACAAAGCGAAAAAGUGUGCAGAAUUCCUGCAGCCCUAUCGACAGCGGCCGGAGACGUGCACGGCGUUAGCCAGACGCUUGGUGUCGGGCGCGCUGGGCGUCAAGCUCAGCACGGCGCGGCAGGAACGCGCAGAGGAGAGGAGACUUAUUACUAUCGCUAGAGAGAAGAAACGCCAGGCGGCGCUACACAAGGAGGCGGCGUGGGACGGCUCGCUCGCCAACCAGUCCGUCGACACGUGAGAUUAACCACGCGGGCUGGAUUCCAUUCUAUGGGAGAUACGUCAAAGCUCUCACUAAACACGUUCGUUUUACUAAAGUUAAUGUAGUUUUAGAACUAUAGAUAUUUUUCUAUGCGAAAUAUUAGAAUAUACGACGCCUAAGAGGUUUUGGUCCUUUACGUAAGUUCGGUUAAUGCUUAGAGCUUUAAAUUUUAUGUUUAUUUUUGUUCGCUAAUUUUAAUUUUGUGUUUUUUUUAAUAAAGUCGUGUAUUAUAUUGUAUGUAUGUAUACGAUUUGAAGUGACAGUGAAAACUCUAUGCUUAUAAAAGAAUGUGAGUCCAAUCUCAUAUCACAACAUAUAUUGUAAGUUUUGACGAAUGUUUUAUGUAUAUGUGUGGAAAAAUUGGGUGAUAAAUCUUACAGUUAGCUAAUAAUUAAAAUUGCAUGUUUUAUUUCUUUAAAGGUAUGGAUCAUACUACUUAAACAGUUCUAGAAAAAUCGUAUUCAUGACAUUUUAACUGCAUAAUAUUUCCUUUAAGUUAUAUGUAUACAUCUGUAGUAUUCAUAGAAGCCAAAUAUUAGUAUUUAUUUAGCUGUCUCAUAUAUUUUAAUAUAGUUUUAUUGUGUAAACGAGUUGGUUGGUUUCUGCAUGCGGCCAAAAGCGUGAUAAAAGUUGCUUAAACAGUUUUAUUUAUUUUAAGUACAGAUAAGUUUAGCCUUUUGAAUGCCAAAUAUUGAUCGUGCAAUGGAACAUAAAAAUCUUUCUAGCAAGUACCAAGAAUACUUCGACGUAUUUUCAUUUAAAUAUACUGGUGUAUUUCUUUUUAAUAAUAAAUUAAAUGUUUGAUUGCAGUUUUCAUAUUUGGAAUUCAAAAUCGUAUGUAUAAUUUGUUGCGAGUUGUGCCUUCGUUGUCUAGUCUGGUUGUAUGUAACGCUCGGACUUCAAAACCUCUUUGCGUUAACUUUAUUAGACGAAAGUAGGUUUAAUUAUUAGCAGAAUAAUAGUUUUUAAUAUUGCGUCUUAUGAUAAUUAUAGUAAUUACUUGUUCUAGCGUUCGGAUCGAAGGAAGGUAGUUUUAGAACUACUUUUAUUUUGACUAAAGAUAAAGAUGCGGUAGUUUUGGUAGCAAUGGAGAACGAAUAUUUGAAUUUUGAAUAUAGAAAAAUGUUUUUAAUAAUGAGAAAUUAGAUAUAUGGCGACGGAUUUGAAUCAUUCGUUGCCGUUGUUGAUAAAAAAAAUGAGAAAAUAUUGUCUCGUACAGAUACCGGCACGGAUAUUGGGCUCUCGGCGGAAGAGUGGGGAUCGCUUUGCGCACCCGUACGCAUAAGGCAAUAAGGCAGUAAAUCGCUUCUGCGCAGGUGAAGGUCAUGGCCCGAUAUUCGUGCCGAUAACUGUAAGUAAAAUGUCCUUUUACCGACCUUAUUAGAGUCUUUAUGGCCAAGAACGAAUAGCUAGUUAUCGAUUUUGUGGUAACUUCUCAUUUUAUUAAAUGUACUCCUUGCGUUUUGUUGAACUGUGACCAUAGAUAUAGAAAAUGGACAGAGCGUUCCCGCUGAAACCCUUCUUAGCAGUCAAGUAUAAGAGUGAUUAAUAAUAUUUAUACAGUUUUUGUUCGUUUUCUAUAUUUAUGACUGAAAAUAUUUUGGAUUAAGUCGGCAGCUAGCCUAUAGAGGUUUCAUAUGAUUGUGACUUCUUUCAAUAUGAAUGUUGACAACCGCAGCGAUAGAAAAGUGGCGACAAAAGCGAGUUAUACUUCGUAUAUAAUCUCAACUAUUCUCUAUGUUGUUUAUGCAUGUUAUUUUUCUGUCUUUACACAUAUCCUGUGACUACUGAACUUUUGUCUUGUUUUAAUAUGCUUUCACUCGCUCUUGUUGUCAUCUACCAUAGACUCACCAACAAGAAUGAAUGAUAUUAUACUGUCAAUUUACAAAAUAAAUACCGAUCUAUGUAAAAAAGGUUUGUCACAAAAGAAUAUGUACGUGAAAAAGAUUAAUAUAUUUUGUUACCAGUAUCACAAUUCAGCCAAAGAUCUGAUUACUAAUUCGGUGUUUUAAAACUAUUUUACUGACUGGCUCAAUUUUAAUAUAUAUUUUUUAAUAUGGCAACUUUUGAAUGCUGACACUCUACACGGAAACUGACAAUUGUAAUGCUUGAAUGUUGCCAGAUGUCAUGAAUUUGCAAUAUACAUAAGCGACAACAGUUCAGAUCCACACUACGGUCCCAAGAAAAAAUGCCUUUUAAUAGUCAUGUGUGUCAUAGCACUUUAUUUUAUUUUAUUCAUGGGACAAUAUAAAUGUUACAAGAAUAGUAACAAACAGUUAAACAAUAUUGCAGCCCACUACAUUAUCCACAUACUAGCAAAAAUAUGUGGAUACUUGAUAGACAUACACAUUCUAACUACUUCUAGUUUAAACUUUUAAUUCUGUUGAAUUUAUUUGUGCACUGAAAAACAGCGUAAACGAUUUCUUUUCCUAAAUGAGUUCAUGAUAGAUUUUACCAAUACGUACUUUUGAUUUUAUAUAAAAUCAUGUGACAGGAUUCUCUUAAAUAAUGUUUCUUUUUUAAUAAAUAAACUGUGCAAUAACAAUGUACAUAUCUAUGAAGUCAGUUUCACAUCGUACCGUCCAUAUAAACAAUAAUGUAUCACUACAAUAAAUAAAUAUUCUCAUACGUCAUUUUGUUAAGUUUUUAUUUUUCACCUCUGUACAUAAUGUGACUAAAGUUAGCUAAUGUUAGAGAUAAUGGCGAGAUUCAUUGAUAUUAAAACUAAAAA